CCCUGCGGGCCGCAGAGUGCGCGAGGCCUUAGGCCGGGAGUUGUUGUCAGGCCCAGGCCACUUCCGAGGCGGCCGCCGUGUGUCGCCGCCACUACAGGAGGACGACGUCGACGCUGAGAAGGAGGAGGAGGCGGCGGAGGCGUGUUGUUGUCUCGCCCACUCCCCUCCCCUGAACUCGCACCCAACGUCAGGGCGCGAUGAAGUGAAGCGGCGACGAAGGUGGUACUUCCGCGUUGCGCUACCGGAGCCGAGAGCGCAGCCGAGGCCGCUCCCCCCACCCCUGGGGGGCACUUGGAGGACUCCGGACUCCCCCGCAGGUCAGCGCCCGGCGCAUCUGGUGUUUUUGCGGCUGAAGCUAGGACGACGAGAGCGAUCUGGAGCUCCUCCGCCCGGAUUCCUGCUGCCCUCGGGCCCGGAGGCCGCUACGUACCCCACUGUGAUCUGGAACCCAGGGACCCAAGUCCCGAUCCGGAUUAUCGUGGCGCUUCUCCCGGACGGCCCUGGUGCUCGGUGUCCCUCCGCCGUCGCUGCCGCCGUUCCCGUUUCCGGCGGGGGAGAUGGCCAGGAUCUGACCCGGGAGGAGGCCGCACCCGCGCCGCGCUCUGCGGCGGGCUCUAGGCGAUGCCGAGCAGCUCGGACACGGCGCUGGGGGGAGGCGGGGGCUUGAGCUGGGCGGAGAAGAAGUUGGAGGAACGCCGCAAACGGAGGCGAUUCCUGUCCCCUCAGCAGCCGCCGCUGCUGUUGCCGCUCCUGCAGCCGCAGCUCCUGCAACCGCCGCCGCCCCCGCCGCCUCUGCUCUUCCUGGCUGCUCCCGGCACGGCCGCCGCCGCAGCCGCCGCCGCCGCGGCCUCCUCCUCUUGCUUCAGCCCGGGCCCCCCUCUGGAGGUCAAGCGGCUGGCGAGAGGCAAGAGGCGCGCAGGAGGGCGGCAGAAGCGGCGCCGCGGGCCCCGCGCCGGGCAGGAGGCGGAGAAGCGUCGGGUCUUCUCGCUGCCCCAGCCGCAGCAGGACGGCGGUGGCGGUGCUAGUAGCGGCGGGGGUGUGACCCCGCUGGUGGAGUACGAGGAUGUAAGCUCCCAGUCCGAGCAGGGGCUGCUGCUGGGGGGGGCCAGCGCGGCAACGGCGGCGACGGCUGCCGGGGGAACGGGGGGCAGCGGCGGGAGUCCGGCCUCCUCCUCCGGCACCCAGCGUCGCGGGGAGGGGUCGGAGCGCAGGCCCCGCCGGGACCGCCGCAGCAGCAGCGGCCGCAGCAAGGAUCGCCACCGCGAGCACCGACGGCGGGACGGGCAGCGCAGCGGCGGCGAGGCCUCCAAGUCCCGCAGCCGCCACGGCCACGGCGGCGAGGAGCGGGCCGGGGCCGCCAAGAGCGGCAGCAGCAGCAGUAGCGGCGGCCGGCGGAAAAGCGCCUCGGCCACGUCCAGCAGCAGCAGCAGCCGUAAGGACCGAGACCCGAAGGCCCAUCGGAGCCGGACUAAAUCGUCCAAAGAACCGCCUUCGGCCUAUAAGGAGCCGCCCAAGGCCUAUCGGGAGGACAAGACCGAGCCCAAAGCCUACAGGCGGCGGCAGCGGUCCCUGAGCCCGCUGGGAGGCCGGGACGACAGCCCGGUGUCCCACCGGGCCUCGCAGAGCCUGCGGAGCCGCAAGUCUCCCAGUCCGGCGGGAGGUGGCAGCAGCCCCUACUCGCGGCGGCUGGCCCGCUCCCCGAGCCCCUACAGCCGCCGCCGCUCCCCCAGCUACAGCCGCCACAGCUCCUACGAGCGCGGCGGCGACGUGUCCCCCAGCCCCUACAGCAGCAGCAGCUGGCGCCGCUCCCGGAGCCCCUACAGCCCGGUGAUCAGACGGUCUGCCAAAUCACGAAGCAGAAGCCCAUAUUCAUCUAGGCAUUCAAGAUCUCGUAGCAGGCAUAGAUUGUCUAGAUCCAGAAGUCGUCAUUCUAGCAUUUCUCCUAGCACACUAACUCUGAAGAGCAGCCUGGCAGCUGAAUUGAACAAGAAUAAAAAAGCGCGAGCUGCAGAGGCCGCGCGAGCUGCAGAGGCCGCUAAGGCCGCAGAGGCAGCGAAGGCUGCUGAGGCUGCUGCCAAGGCCGCCAAAGCUGCCAGCACCGCUACACCUACCAAGGGGAACCCAGAAGCUGGUGCCAGCGCGUCACAAACCAACCAUGUGAAGGACGUGAAGAAACUGAAAAUCGAGCAUGCACCUUCUCCCUCAAGCGGCGGGACUUUAAAAAAUGACAAGGCAAAGACAAAGCCACCUCUUCAGGUAACAAAAGUGGAGAAUAAUUUGAUUGUAGAUAAAGCCGCCAAGAAAGCAGCUGUCGUUGGAAAAGAGAGUAAAUCUGCUGCUACAAAGGAGGAACCAGUAUCUCUUAAAGAGAAAACGAAACCACUUACACCAAGCAUAGGAGCCAAGGAGAAGGAGCAACAUGUGGCUUUAGUGACCUCUACCUUACCACCUUUACCUUUGCCUCCCAUGCUGCCUGAAGAUAAGGAUGCCGAUAGCUUGCGAGGAAAUAUUUCAGUGAAAGCGGUUAAAAAAGAAGUAGAAAAGAAACUGCGAUGUCUACUUGCUGAUUUACCACUGCCCCCUGAGUUACCGGGAGGAGAUGAUCUCUCAAAGAGUCCAGAGGAAAAGAAAACAGCAACACAGUUACAUAAUAAAAGGAGGCCUAAAAUAUGUGGGCCUCGCUAUGGUGAAAUCAAAGAGAAAGAUAUUGACUGGGGAAAACGCUGCGUGGAUAAAUUUGAUAUCAUCGGAAUUAUUGGAGAAGGUACCUAUGGACAAGUUUACAAGGCCAGGGAUAAAGACACUGGAGAAAUGGUAGCCUUAAAAAAAGUACGCCUGGAUAAUGAAAAGGAAGGGUUUCCUAUUACAGCAAUUCGAGAAAUUAAAAUUCUCCGGCAGCUUACCCACCAGAGUAUUAUCAAUAUGAAGGAAAUAGUGACUGAUAAAGAAGAUGCUUUGGACUUUAAGAAGGAUAAAGGUAUGUGUGCAUAUUUAUAUAAUCAGCUCU